GCACACUACUUUACGACAGCCAUUUUUUUACGGUUUUGCUAUAAUGCGUCCCAUGAGCUUGCUACCCCGAAUAAUCAUUUCUGAUUGAUUACAAUACACUGAACUCGCUAUGAUCAAGAUGCUUGGUGUAGUCUACGUAUGGCGAUGCAAUGAAUGUAGCUGAUGUUCAAUUGCUCUUGCCAAGAGAGUACUUCUGGCGAGCGUCGUCUCAUGACUCCAAGAGCCGAGGCGGUGUCUGGCUGAAUUGAGCUCGCAGUCAUGGUGGACUUUCUGGCGGAGAAUAACUUGUGCGGCCAGGCCAUCCUUCGGAUUGUGUCCAGGGGAAAUGCUAUCAUCGCCGAGCUGCUUCGCCUCUCCGAGUUUAUACCGGUGGUCUUCAGGCUCAAGGACAAAAUCGACCAACAGAAAUACGGAGACAUCAUAUGCGACUUCAGCUACUUCAAAGGACCAGAGUACUAUGAGGCGAAACUAGAAGCAAAACCAGAACUUCAAGACCUGGAUGAAGAAUUUAGGGAGAACAACAUUGAAAUUCUGUCACGGUUUUACCUGGCAUUUGAAAGUGUCCAUAAGUAUGUUGUCGACCUGAUAAGAUACCUAGAUGACCUAAAUGAAGGCGUGUAUAUCCAGCAGACCCUGGAGACUGUACUCCUGAAUGAAGAUGGAAAACAGCUCUUGUGCGAGGCCUUGUAUCUGUAUGGGGUGAUGCUUCUGGUCAUCGAUCAGAAGAUUGAGGGAGAAGUCAGAGAGAGGAUGCUGGUGUCGUAUUACAGAUACAGCGCUGCACGCUCCUCGGCAGACUCCAACUUGGACGACAUCUGCAAGUUACUGCGCAGCACGGGCUACUCCAGCCAGCCCGGAGCCAAGCGGCCCGCUAACUACCCCGAGAGCUACUUCCACAGGGUCCCCAUCAUCCCCACCUUCGUCAGCAUGGUGAUCGGACGACUGCGCUCAGAUGACAUCUACAACCAGGUGUCUGCCUACCCACUUCCUGAACACCGCAGCACCGCUCUGGCCAAUCAAGCAGCCAUGCUCUACGUCUGCCUGUACUUCACCCCGAGCAUCCUGAUCACACAGCAGGCCAAGAUGAGAGAGAUUGUCGACAAAUACUUCCCUGACAACUGGGUAAUUAGCAUAUACAUGGGGAUCACUGUUAACCUUAUAGAGGCGUGGGAGCCCUACAAAGCGGCCAAGACUGCCCUCAACUACACUUUGGACACGGCUAACAUCAGAGAACAGGCUAGCCGAUAUGCUGCCAGUAUGGACAGCCUGAGGCCUCACGUGCAGCAGCUGCUAAAAGAGGGUUUUCUCAGAGAGGAGAUUGUCCUAGACAACAUCCCCAAGCUGCUCAACUGCUUGCGUGACUGCAAUGUCGCCAUCCGUUGGCUAAUGCUCCAUACUGCAGAAGCAGUCUAUGAUCCAAAUAACAAAAGGCUUCGUCAGAUAAAAGAGCAAGUCAUCAACGACUCCAAGUACAGCCCCAAGAUUCUCUUCCAGUUGCUGUUGGACACUGCCCAGUUUGAGUUCAUUCUGAAGGAGAUGUUCAAGCAAAUGCUGACUGAGAAGCAGAUGAAGUGGGAGAGCUACAAGCGGGAGGGCUCCGAGAGGAUGACCGAGCUCGCAGAGGUCUUCUCUGGGGUCAAGCCCCUCACCAGGGUGGAGAAGAAUGAGAAUCUCCAGGCUUGGUUCAGAGAGAUCUCCAAACAGAUUGAGUCUCUCAACUAUGAAGACUCCACAGCUGCUGGGAGGAAGACUGUUCAGCUCAUUCAGGCCUUAGUAGAGGUGCAAGAGUUCCAUCAGCUGGAGUCCAACCUUCAGGUGUGCCAGUUCCUGGCUGAUACACGCAAGUUCCUGCACCAGAUGAUCCGCACCAUCAACAUCAAGGAGGAGGUGCUGAUCACCAUGCAGAUCGUGGGGGAUCUGUCAUACGCCUGGCAGCUAAUAGACAGCUUCACAGCGAUAAUGCAGGAGAGCAUCAGAGCGAGUCCAGCGAUGGUGACUAAACUGCGAGCAACUUUCCUCAAGCUGGCCUCUGCCCUGGACCUGCCACUGUUGCGUAUCAACCAGGCCAACAGCCCAGAUCUGCUCAGCGUGUCCCAGUUCUACUCGGGGGAGCUGGUGGCCUACGUCAGGAAGGUCCUGCAGAUCAUUCCAGAAAGCAUGUUCACCUCCCUGGCAAAGAUCAUCAAGCUGCAGAUCCAUGACAUCAUGGAGGUGCCCACGCGUCUGGACAAAGACAAGCUAAAAGACUACGCCCAGCUAGGGGCGCGGUAUGAGGUUGCCAAACUCACCCACGCCAUAUCUGUAUUCACUGAGGGGAUUUUGAUGAUGAAGACAACACUGGUUGGCAUCAUUAAGGUUGAUCCUAAGCAGCUUCUGGAAGAUGGUAUCAGGAAAGAACUUGUGAGGCGUGUGGCUUAUUCUCUCCACAAAGGCCUUAUCUUCAACCCCAAAGCCAAGCCCAGUGAGCUGAUGCCGAAGCUGAAGGAGAUGGCCGCCACCAUGGACGGGUUCUACCGCUCGUUCGAGUACAUCCAGGACUACGUUAGCAUCUACGGGCUCAAGAUCUGGCAGGAGGAGGUGUCCCGGAUCAUCAACUACAACGUGGAGCAGGAGUGCAACAGCUUCCUCAGGACAAAGAUCCAAGACUGGCAGAGUAUGUACCAGUCAACACACAUCCCAAUUCCCAAGUAUCCACCUGUGGAUGAGUCUGCCACCUUCAUUGGACGGCUCUGCAGGGAGAUCCUCCGGAUAACAGAUCCCAAAGUGACCUGUUACAUUGACCAGAUGAACACGUGGUACGACCUGAAAACUCACCAGGAGGUGACCAACAACAGGCUGUUCUCUGAGAUUCAAGACACGCUGGGCACGUUCGGGUUGAACGGCCUCGAUCGACUCCUCUGCUUCAUGAUCGUGAAGGAGCUACAGAACUUCCUAACGGUACUUCAGAAGAGUAUUCUCAGGGACAAGGUGGUGGUUGAUGUGUUCAAAGCAAUGCUGAGUGCCGCUAACCCUGUCAAAGGCAUUGUGGCCAACGCAGGCAAAGUCUAUCCCAACGCGGUGGCUAAGACUCAGAAGAUCUGGCCAGCAUAUUUGGAAUCAAUCAUGAAGGUGGGUCAGAUGCAAAUUCUGCGGCAGCAGAUUGCCAACGAGCUGAACUACUCCUGCAAGUUUGACUCGAAGCAUCUCGCCGCUGCUCUGGAAAACCUCAACAACUCCCUGUUGGCUGACAUUGAGGCUCACUACCAGGACCCCUCUCUGCCUUACCCCAAGGAUGACAACACGCUUCUGUACGAGAUCACCUCUUACCUGGAGACCGCUGGGAUUCACAAUCCUCUCAACAAAAUCUACAUCACAACGAAGCGCUUGCCGUACUUCCCCAUUGUGAACUUCCUCUUCCUCAUCGCUCACCUACCCAAGCUACAGUACCUCAAAAACCAAGGAAUGACGUGCAGGAAGGCAGCAGACCCUGUCGACUGGCCCCCACUGGUGCUCGGGCUGCUGACGCUUCUGAAGCAGUUCCACUCCAGAUACACAGAGCAGUUCCUGGCCCUGAUUGGCCAGUUCAUCCGCUCCAUCAUGGAGCAGUGCACUAGCCAGAAGAUUCCGGACAUGCCUUCAGAUGUAGUAGGUGCGCUGAUGUUUCUGGAAGACUACGUGCGCUACACAAAACUCCCUCGCAAGGUGGCUGAAGCACAUGUUCCAAGCUUCAUUUUUGACGAGUUCCGGACUGUGAUGUGAUUGCUAUGUUGCCAAGCCUUCAUACCAGCAGAAUUUAUGUCAUUUCAUUCAGUCAAGGAUAUAAACCCUCUGUCCUCACAUUUGCCUUUUCAAUGUCUUAAAGCACUAAUGAAAUCAUGUAUUGUUAGAUUUUUU